AUGGACGAGAAGCUGAAGUUUUUGGAAGCCGAGCAGGUGAAAAAAUUCGCUUUCCUUGGCGUUGCUGUCUCGACUGUGGCAACCCUGACAGCUAUUAUAGCAGUACCGGCGCUCUGCAUGUACAUGCAGAACGUCCAGUCUGAUCUACAAGACGAGAUCAGUUUUUGUCGAACACGAGCUGUUUCACUGCGCGGCGAGUUCGUAAGGCUCAAAUCAGAAACAAGUAACCUAGAUCGUGGAAAACGUCAAGUAUAUCAAUGCUGCUCAUGUGGAAUUGGACCAGCGGGCCCUGUGGGAAAUCCUGGACAAGACGGAGCGCCUGGAAAUGAUGGUCGGCCUGGGUUGCCUGGGGCACCAGGGCCAGAUGCACCUAAUGAAUACAUAGCUCCAAGAUUACAAGAUUUCUGCUUUGAAUGUCCACCUGGACCACCAGGAGCUCCAGGGCAUCCUGGACCAAAGGGUCCAGAUGGAAGCCCUGGUAUACCCGGAGAACAAGGACCCCACGGACGACCUGGACCUCUAGGUCCCCCUGGAGAAGAGGGUAUAAUCGGAGAGCCAGGUAACGAAGGCACCCCUGGAAAGCCUGGUGCACCGGGACAAGUUCGCAUUGUACCAUCACCGCCCGGCCUUCCUGGACUUCCAGGGGAGCAAGGCCCUCCAGGACCUAUAGGGGAAGACGGUCGCCCAGGGAUUCCAGGCCAGGCAGGCCCACCAGGACCGCAAGGAGACGCUGGACAAGAUGGAAUCCCAGGAAAGCCAGGAAAUCCAGGUGAACCCGGACCACCAGGUGAAGACGGAAAGAAAGGUGAGACAAAAGAAAGUCUUUUUGACUGUUUUUUUCGGAGACAAUUAACAUCCUUUCUAUAG